CGCAGCGCGUGGCAGCUUAUGAUAACAGACACCCUUGGUCUCCGCUGCUCUGUUCUUGCGACUCUGGGUGGAACACCAGCUUCCAUCCAUCACUUUUUACCACAUACAGUACAGCUUACAAAACUGAAGAAAAGACCUUAUUAAUGUUGGUUGUCUUCUUACUGAUGAAAGAGCUAUCUUGCUUGCCUGUGCCACCGGGUAUGGAGGGAAACUCCGAUGCCGCAAGCACAGGGUGGCCCGCAUUCUAAUUCAGGAGCUUGCAACUGACCUGCAAGGUUCAUUUCUAGGAGAACUAAACGACUAUCAGUUGUCAUUUGGCACAUAUCACAGUUCCAAAGAGGUAUAUGGAAAAUUUGAUUGAGAUCAGUGCACUUUGGAAAAUUGUCGGAGUUGCCCUCUAACCUUGUUUUGCCGUUACUUCAAUGUUGGCUUUUGUACACUAGCGCCAUACCACCAAAUUGGCUGCCUAAGCAACACCAAAAGGCUACCAAGUACAACGUUAGAACAACUGGAAGAGAUAUGAACAGCAAAGAGUGUAUGUGCCGUAAGCCCAUUGCAUGAGGCUCAAAGCUGCUCUUCAGGAUUCACAGUUCACAUGCUGACGACCACCGACAACAACAGUUGCUGUUUAUUCACCGCAUUGAAGGUCCACCUAUGACAUACCUUGACCCUGUCUUCACCCUACCUUCCUCUCGACUGUCUGAAGCAAGUACGACUAUGCUAAUCUUUCCACCAAGGUAUUUUGCUUGGCGACGAGCUUUGCAGGGGUGAGGGAGGAUCAUGAAAUGCCAAGGCUCAUGUGCUCUGCUCGCAUGUGAACAUUGGCAAAUAGAAUAGCUAGUUCCUGCCUUUCAAUCUGGCGACAUCCUUUCCUGCGCCACUGUAUUUCUGUUCUAUUGUAUUCAGUCAGUCCUCUGGAGAAAGACCUGCCUGGUAUGCUGAUGUUGGCAGUCAAUGCCUUGUAAGGAUGCUUGAAUCUAAUCACAUCACAUCGACGCACAUUAUAAGAUGUUGCUUCAGCUGCAUGGAAAGCAGGUCAUCAGUAGGAGGCUGAAUGAGCACAAAUGGUUGUUUUACAAGGCAGAACAACAAAUAACUUAUUGCUGUACUUUUACAAGCGGAACUUUGGGGUAGUGAGCUUCUUUUCAAUACAGUAAAGUUCAAUUUACUGUGCAUGCAUGGCUUACCAAUAAUUACGGCUGCAUACAUGCAGUACAAGUCAGUAUUGGAUUACGUUCUGACUAAAUGCUGUCUGGCUUGAACCAAGAGUGAGAACAAAUGGAUGUGAUUGAUACGUUGGCACUGUUUAUGCUGUGCUAUGGCAUAUGUGGAUAAUAUUUUACGCUUUUGUUUGAAUAUGCCCUGGCAGAUUGAAUAUCAGGGUUUUUAUUUCAAUCUUCUAUUGAUCUCUCUUGCGCUCGUGUACAUUGCGCCUGCUUUCAAAGCCGCUAAUCCACUUUGUUUGUUCCCCCUCUCAGUGUCUGGACCGAUUGAGCCGGCAGAUUCAUUCGACUUAAGCACUGCCUUUAGCGUCCAUGAAGGCACAGUGCCUGCUGGCCACAUGCUUCUCCAGUUUCCAUCAUCAGUCCAGCUGAUCUUCACGAAACAGUUGGAAGCAGGAAAUGGCGAGGAAUCUGGAUGCGGCACGAGACUUGUUCCUCCAAAGCCAACUAUGAUCAGAAUAGUGGAACCUGUCCACUCUGAGAGUCCUAAGCCAAGAUCCAGAACUGCCAAGGAGCGGCAUAAGUGCCACCUGUGCACGAAAAGCUUCGUCGCGUUAAGAGAUCUGCGCACGCACCUGCUGAAGCACCAGGGUCACAAGCCGUUCCACUGCCACCUCUGCCCGGCCACCUUUCUGGCUCGUGGCUACCUGGCCGACCACCUGCAGAGUCACUCAAGGACCAAGCGUUGGAAGUGCGACGACUGUCCACGGUCUUUCCUGCGCCCUGCACAGCUCGCUCGACACAAAGAGCGUAGCCACUCCAAUGUGUCAUGAACGCUGUCGCAGUGUUGUGCAGUGGUGCCACCGAACGAUUUCAGUAAUAAAGUAGAGCAUGAUGUUCUAUAGUGGAAAGCAGUGAUAUCCUAGAAAAUUGAGCCACUGUAUGGUUACAGUAUUGUGCAAUUCUCAGUUUACAUUUAUAAAUUCUUCUUAGAUGGAGUUAAAGGUGAACAC